GCGAGGCUCCGGGUCACCGCGGUGGCAUCCGCGGGACCCGGCGUCGAGUAAACGGCGGAGGAUCGCUUUCUAGCCGUGGAUCGGCAACGGGACUGCAAUGCGGUCUUUGCGCCGUUGUUGCAGGGCUGUUUCGUCGAGCAAUGUGCAUCGCCGGAAGCAGGCGAGGUUCCGGCGAGUCUUGCUACCAGGAACUACCCUACGAGGGCCCGAUUACUCCUCAAAUUAUAACGGCGAUUCCACAGGCUUCUAUUCAAGUGAAAUCUACCACCGAAUCUGUCAGGGUGCAGAGUACCAAGGAACCUCCGGAGAGACGGACGUCUGAAACUACCGUUGACGAAACCACGCAAAAUGCCGCCCUCGUGCGAGUUUCCGAUGAUGCCGUUGCGCCCGCUCUGUCUUCGGGCACGUCUCCGUCCCCGUCCCUGUCCCCAUCGCCGGCUGCACCAGUUACGCACCGAGGGUCAACCACGAGCACGUUUCGCCGGCUUUCCGACGUCGACAAGCUGCUUCUCGAAGCCAUGGACACCAGUCGGGAAAGGACAAGACACACUGGGAGGUUUUUAACGAUGCACAAACGACGCCGCAAGCGAUUGACCACCAGGGCUCUGAACCAACACCAAGGCAUACUCGACGACAUAUUUCACGGGCAAGUACAGUGCCUCCUACAAAAGUCUGGAAACUGGAGGUUCAACGCGUUUACCUUGGAGACGGUCACUGGAGGUCGAUCCUUGCCGGUACUCUGUGUUCAUCUCUUUCAUUGGUACGGCCUCCUUGAACACUUCCAGCUUGAUGUUGUCAGAGUAUGGAAAUUAUUCAAUCUAAUUGAAGAAGGCUACCACAGUACAAACCCUUACCACAACAGUAUACAUGCAACCGACGUCACACAGGCUAUGCAUUGUUUCCUCCAAGAAGAGAAGAUAAGAAAAAAUUUGAGUCACUUGGAAAUAAUGGCAUCCUUGAUUGGAGCGGUGACGCACGAUUUGGAUCAUCCAGGUGUUAAUCAGCCAUUUUUGGUUGCCACCAGUAAUCAUCUCGCUGCGCUUUACGAAAACACAUCGGUGUUGGAAAAUCACCAUUGGAGAUCAGCGAUCGGCUGCUUAUUGGAAAGUGGGGUUUCCGAACAGUUGGAACCAGAACUUAGACCAGAGCUCGAGAGACAUAUCAGCUCACUAAUUUUGGCUACAGACAUUACAAGACAACAAGAAUUUCUUACCAGAUUCAAACGAUACCUGGACCAAAACCUUCUCGACAUGAGCAGGAGUGAAGACCGGCACUUUAUCCUCCAAAUAGCAUUAAAGUGUGCGGACAUUUCAAAUCCAUGUCGACCAUGGGACAUCUCUCGAAAAUGGUCGCACAAAGUUUGCGAGGAGUUCUUUCGCCAGGGAGACUACGAGCGAAAAUUGAACUUGCCAGUAACUCCACUGUGCGACAGACAUACAAUAAGUAUACCAAAAAUCCAAGCCGGAUUCUUCAAGUUUGUAGUAACACCAUUGUAUGAAGAGUGGCAUAGAUUUUUGGGUACUGGAUUGAGUGUCGAUCUUAUGGAUUACUUGAAAGGGAAUCAGACGAGAUGGGAGGCUCUGAUACGGCAGGAGGUAGUUGAAGACACAAAGACCGAAAUGUCUGAACUCGACGACAUUGACAACGCUCUCACCUCGGAGGAUGAAGAUCUGGCCGAAGACUCUGGAAGCAUCGAUUUACUACUGCCGGACGCCUCCUUGUCGAGGAGGCCCAGUUUACCUGGAAAAGUGGACACCGAACGUGUCGGACGUAGGCAUUCUGUGCCGUUGAGUGUUCCGAAAUUACUGCCAAUCUCUCGGACCAUUAUCAGAAGAGAAAGCCUACCGACAGAGCAGAAGAAACUCAAAACUCCGCUCGUCAAGCUCGAAGAUCAAACUAUGCUUGGUCGCAGUUCUCUGUCAUUGUUGUCCUCAAAGAGCAGCCUUCACUCUUCCGCUGCGCGCAGUAGCGAACGGCCGGUUAGCGCGGAAAAUUUACUACCCGAACCCAGUAUAGCGAGCAUAACGAACAGCACAGAGGCCUCCAGAUUGAGUACCGUAUUACAGCCGGAUCAGAAACUGUCCAGCCAGACGAAACAGUUGACCAGGCAGCAAACAUUCCCGCCUCUUCAGCCUUACGUGCGAAUGAGGUACAUGUCGACAACAGCGGAAAUGUCUCAAUGCUCCGAGGCCCUAAUCGAAGCCGACAGUCUCUCAAGUUCAACUCCGAGCCCUACUAAGGACAGAUCUUGUACCGACGAACAGUGCAGCACACCUCUCGAUUCACCCUUGCCCUGUAACAGUAAAGAAUCGAGCAGACGAUCCAGCGCCACUCUCAAUGUUGCUAGAAUACAGAAGAGAGAAUCUAACUCUUUCGAAGCAUCGACUAAGAGGCGAGGAUCCGCGAUGCCGGAUCUCAUGAGGAAGCUCGAAGCCAAUACAUUGAGCCCGGAGUGUGCCAGACGACAUUCGAUGCAGAUCGUUGGUUCUUCGCUCUCCAUUAAAAAAGCAACUCAAAAAUCUUCCACUUUGACAUUGGAUGUUUGCGAAAGACGGAAAUCUGCGGAAACUGAAUCAGAGUCCGCGAAUUUGCCGCAUCCCGAAGGCUCAAUAAUUACUUUGGAGGUCAUGUCAGGGUCAAAUAUUUGUAAAACGUACUCCGAUAACGAAAGUUCUCCAGAAAUGAGAAAAACUAACGAUCUGGCAGUUGGUGUCGAUUCUGUCAUCAUGGAAUCCUGCUGUAGCGAUACGAAAUUAUUGUGCGAUUCGACGAGACGAUUUUCAAUACCAGUGAUAGACUUGACAAAAAAUGAUAGUCAGAUUAACAGACGGCUUAGUGCGGUACCAGUUUCAUCCGAAAGUGCACAUAGAGCGUUCUUUGUUGGUACACCACCCGAUUCUCCACCCCGUGUUCUUAGUGGUUCAAGCGAUAGUGGCAGCGAACCCAGGAGAAGUGUCAGUGAUUCAACCAAUGAUAGUGUUUCUAUAGGCAACAAGAGAGAUUCGGAGAUUUGGAAGGAUAAAGGAGCCAAAAUUCUUAAACUCAGCGUGGAACCAGAAAUGAAGGAGAACGUAGACCCGAGAUAUGGCGACGAUGGGAAAACACUGUCAUCGAGUAGGCGAUCUAACCAGGGACUGGCGAGAAGACGUAGUUCAGCCCCAGUUGGUCUGUUGUCAAAGUUAGAUGACAUCUCUAUGAUGGCGUUGGCACCACGAGGGGACCGUUAUUCUAGGCGAGGCUCCGUCCCAACCGAUAUGACCAGGCACCAAAAUGGAGGACCCAAUAGAUCAGCGUUGGGUGCACAAGAAGAAAAUGAAUCCUCCCCUCGAAGAGCUAGUUUACCGCAAGACACUGUAUUGGAUGGCCUUUUGGACAGUGUUUUCUUUCCAAUGUGUGAAGAAGCAGACUGUCCCAGCAAUAAUAACGCUUCGACCCAUGUAAUCGAAGCACCCCUUCCUAUUACUGGAAUGCCGUCAUCGAGACGUGGCUCUGUACCUGCCGACAUAUCGGAACUCCGACGUGAGAUGUACAACAGAAACAGUGUGAAUGGCAAAUCGAGAAACCGAAAGAAGGUUCUACGUCGAAGAAGCAGUGGCGGGCCUGAAAUGUUUGCUGGCAGUAUGGAUGUAGUCGAAAACGCUGCCUGGAUUCGAUGGAAAAGAGACAUUGGCAGGAAAGAGUCGAUUCCAGAACCUGUAACGAAAAGGAGAGGAUCUUUACCUAUCGAUAUGGUAGCCAUAUCACAUGUUGGAUCUGUACCUGUGCCGAGGAAAUCCAGCUUGUGGAGACUUUAGCAAAGAACAGAUAUCCCUGAAUCAUCUUCAACAGUAAAGCCAAAUGUAAAGGCAACACUAGUCAGCCAUAGACUAAAAGAACUGACGCCCAGUUCAAGCAGCAGUAGCGAUGGAUGAUCAGGCUGAUCAGUAUUUGAGAAAAAUGAUGUGUUCUCGACAUGACCAAUUAUUCGGAAUACUGGAUACUGUCGAUAGUACGAUAGUGUGGUAGCAUCUCUACUCAUUUAGUCGAUAUGUAACGACAUUACCAAUCAGUAAUUGAUGAUAAAAAACAAAUAAGAAGGUCUAUGGAAGUCUUGCAAUUAAUUCGUACGCACGUAAUAUUAUAUAAUACAUACUAUGGUUAUUCAAUAGGUAAGAGUCUCGAGCCCAUGACAUAUAGUUUCGUCUGACAAACAGGUCAUAAUUGAACUGUGAAAUCUUCCAUUUACUUUGACUGACUGAAUGGAAUAAUUUAUGAAUUCAAUUAAUAAAAAUCUCCGCAAUUGAUUACGCUUGUUGUGCGUAUUGUUUAUGUGGGUAAUGUUUGUCACAGGAGUUAUACUGUCUUCACAUGCUCAUCGUUAUCUUGUGUGUACGAACAACAUUCAAUGAUUAAUGUAUAGAAAGAAAUUAUGCUGUCGUCAUACUAGCGUCUAAUUGUAUUGAUGCGAAUUAGUCACAUGUCAUGAUAAUCAUGUAACGUAAAACAUGUUUACAAAUUAUGAUGUAGGUAUGAAAGACAUAGGUUAAAACAUGCAUAGGAGGAAGAAUGUAUUUUAUAUGACUAUGUCCUUCCUUCUAUUCUUUCAAAAAGAAUAACUCAAUUUAAGUACAAACCAUUAUGUUGUUUGAUUCAUUAAGUCAUGAUGCGAAAUUUCAGCGAAGAGGUGGUAUCAAGUAAUAUAAUAUCAAUAAAUUAUGUUCGUAUUCGAAUGAGGAUAGUGUGGUUCGUUACAGAUAGGCCAGGAUAGUCUAUACUCGUGAUUCACAAGCAGCGAGCUUGAGCUGAACAAACAAAAUAAUUGAAGAAAGUAUCAUAGAAAGAAACCCUUUCAAUUAAGUCUUCCGUUUGUGAAUCUGGAAUAAUAUGAAUGAUGAAUCAAAUUAUGCCAAAUUUUUUUGUGCCAUAAUAUAAAAGUUUUUAAAUAAAAUCGAUUCAGUUUACGGUUCAAACUAUUGAGUAAAAAUUGGUCGAGAAAAAACAAACCUAAAAUAAAAAGAAAUGAAAACAGGGUUCAUAAUGACGAUUGUUAGUAAUUAAAUUGCCUAGGUAUGGAGAAGGAAAAAAGACUGGUAGAAACAAAACUGUGGCUAUAGAGCUAGAAAUUAAUAACAUUAAAAAAACAUAGUUCAAAACAAAUAAUUUGAAUUGACAUUUGCUCAUGAUUAGGAAUUCGAUUUCUGGACGGCAAAAACUACAAAAGAAAUUGAUCGAAUACUUAUUGGAAAAAAUAAUGUGGCCGACUGAAUGAGUGCCAUUUUUUUUAUUUAAAACAGUAUAAUGCCAAUGUACGUUCAUCACAUCUCAAUAUGAAGAUUAUUAGGCGCGUAAUUGAUGUCUAAUUUCAUGUGAUGUUUUAGUUUUGUGAUUCCAAAGACAGUAAUAUUCAACAGCUUUGUACUUGCUGUAGGUAUAAUUAUUCUCUUCUAACGUUUGCAUAAAUUGUAUUUGGUUCGUUGAGGAUUGACAUUUUUUUGUUUCCACUUAGCUUUCCGUUCUUAAAUGCAAAGCAAUAAAACACUAAUAUUUCACUCAUUCCAUGAGAAUCUUUCGAAAUGGACUUUUCGAGUUAAUCGAAAUAAUUGCACACCUGUCAUUAACCGUUGCAAAUUCUAGUACUAUAGGUGCAAAAGUACCAGUUUCAAAAGAUCCUCUCUGUAUACGUAUGUUUAUAUAUAAAAUAGAUAUAUCAUAUAUUUUAUUACUUGAAUUAUAUACAUUACAUACGUUGUGUUCAUAAGAUGAGAUGAUUGAAAGUAAUUCACACAUCAUACAUGAAAAAUAUGAAUGAUUAUUAACGAAUAGCUGAAAUGCGUGUCUCAUUCAGGAGGCCGAUUAAAUUAUCUCCUAUAAGAAAUUUCUUUGAACUAUAAACUCUUCAUAAAUUAAAGUAUGCUCAGCCCUAAACGAUACUUUCUAUCAAGAAUUCCGAACUCGAUGUGUUAGAAAUUUAUCAGACAUUCCAAGCGAGCGGUUAAAUGUUAUGGAAAUAUUACAAUAUUAAUCUCACAUUGAAUAUCGCAAAAGCGUUAAUAGGUCUCGUAAAUUAUUUUAACCAUUUAAUAUAUAAGUUUAAUCUCGGAUUAUAGACAACUAAACACACUGUUUUGGAUGAAUCGUUAUUAUUUUUAAGUAUCUCAGUUAACAGUGAUCAAGUUGUGAGUAUUGAGAACCUGCGCCAGUCAUUGAACUAUUUAUGGCAUUUUCUAUCGAGUGCUAUAGGAACCAAAUGAUAUCAAGCAACCAUUUACCCGACGCAUACGAUGCUCUUACUUUGGUGCAUUUAGGUACCUAUAACGGCUCGCCUAGUAAUGCCUUGGUCUUUAGAAUUAAUUUGAGCACAAAUUUAAAUUAGACUAUAGGCUAGGCUCCUUACAAUAAUUAAACCUGAUAACGACUGAGUUGUUUUUAAUUCAUAAGUUAGCGCGCAUACACGGAAAUUUUACUUAUUUAUUUCAACGAUUGUAAACUUUAGAUAAUGAUCCUAAUAGCCAAACUAAUUGACGAGCAAUCUCUAUUCAAUUCUAUCCAGGAAAGAAACGGAAUUGAGAUUUAUCAAUUAUUGUAACAAUGACUAAAUUCAUAUAUCGCACAUUACUUAGAGCUAGCCAAUGAUGUGCAAGCUUUGAGGAACAGGGAGAAUAGUUUUUCUUCAAUUUCUUACGUGAUCGAUUCGCUCUAUUUCAAUCAUUUCUAUGUCAACUUUCAGGUAAAUUCUGCGCUUAUGCGUCUGUGUUGUUCUGUUUCUGGUACAAUAUUGAUUUUUAUACUACUCCAUCUUCCCUAUAAUUAUCAUUAUUAUUAUUGACAUAGAAAUUAUUAGAAUCCAUUUAAACAGCCAGAAAGUAAAGAAAUAAAAUAAUUAUCUGAUGAGCAAGUAUGAAAACAUGAAUUUAAAAAGUAUGAUAACAUUGUGUGUCUGAGUUCUGAGCGUAUGUCUGUCUACGUGGUAUGUUUACGGAAGUAAUUUCUCCAGAAGAUAGUCGAUCUUCAUAAACUAUCGCCAAAACUUGAGCCCUCUAAUUUGAUGUUAAUAAUCAAUUAUCCGGCUAUUGUUUCAAGGCAUACUCAAAUACCGAGUUAAUCUUUCAACUCAAUGGGUAGUAUCGAAUAUGAAUAUCAUCACAAUCGUAGGAUCGGUUACUAAACAUACCUAUGUACCCUCCAUACACGGUCAAAGACAGGACUCGUCUAAGUCUAACAUUAUUACCUUAGUACCCUCUCUCUUAUUUUUCUUUGGCGACUACCAAACAAAUUCAUGCCACAUCUUGUUUUCACCUUGGUAGCAAUACUUCCGUGCCUUGGGUGGAAAGCACGUUCAUGAUUAAACUCCAUUUACAAUUGUACGUAUGGUUUCACCGUAAAACAAGGAAGUAUAUGUAGAUAUGUACUCUGAUAUUUACUGUUAACGUGUUACCUAGACUAAGGCUCCUAGUCUUUCGAAUUCGUACCGCGAUUUAUAUAAGAAGUAAAAUGAAGGAGGAAAAAAUUAGUCUAGCAUUUGCUGUCGGAAAGUUUGCAAAAUAACACACAAACAGACCAAUAAAGGUGGGACUAACCAGUGACAGAUUAUUGAUAAGUGUGCUGUAACAACAGAUACGAAUUCUUUAUUCUAUAAGUAAACGCCAUAUGAACAAUUUAAGACUCUUAUCCAACAGUAAUCUGCUAUAAUUAACUUCUAAGGCAGUUGUAGCGUUUCGAUUAAAAUCGAACUUAUUUAAAACUCUCGAGUAACCGGAACUCUCUGCUAAUCUAUUGGUACUGUGUACUUGUAUUAUACCAUUUUCUAUCCAAACAACUAAAAGAUGAUAAAGUAAUAAUAAGAUAAUAUUAAAAAUACGUUUUUUCAUGUGUGUCUAUCAUGUUAUUACUGUUGUUAUUGCUGUUGUUGUUGUUAUUAUUAUUAUUAUUAUUAUUAUUAUUAUUAUUAUUAUUAUUAUUAUCAUCAUCAUGAUCAUCGUCAUCGUUAUGACUAUUCUUGUGAUUAUCAUUGUAAUAUUUUUGAACAUAAUCAGGUACGUGUGACUUCAUGUAGCUUGAAAGUAACAGUUGUGGAGUAAAAUAUUGUGGAUAACUUGUGAUGAAAUGAUUGAUGAUCAUUAAAUCAUAAUAUUUACAUAAUGGCUUGUGUGAUGUUUUUCGGUUUACCGGCGAAAUCUUUUCAAAAAUCCUUGUCGCUUCUGAUCUUCAAUUUUGACAAAUACUAAAAAACAAGAAAAAAGUAUGAAAAAAAAUAAUUGCGCACAAUUCGCAGUAUGGGAAAUGUCAAUUAAAACUGAAUGUAUAUGUAUUCGGUCUGUUUCAACAAAAAUAAUUACUGUGUAUUUUAUAUAAUAUUGACUGUAGGCAGUAGUUGAAUCGGUCAUAAAUGAACAAUGUGUUUUCAUAACUAUUAAGUAUCACUACGCAAGUAUAAAUCACGACAUGGACGAGAGUAUAAAAGUUAUAACGGCUGGAGCGGCCUACGUAUGUAUUUUACAGGCACUUGUUUGUCGUACAUGCAUACACACCGUACGACUACCUAUAGUUCAAACAAUUUUAGCAGCGCAUUGGCAUUAAAUCUGCAUAUAUUAUUUCUACUUAGUUAUGUUUUAUUUAUUUUAUGUAUUAUGUGUGUCACUGUUCAUAAAUCACCGUAUACGCGCACGUAAAUAUAUAUUAUACAUAUAUUAUAAAUAUUAAUAUUUAAUAUAAACCGCGAAAGAAGUGUGAACCCGUUUUCUUUAUUAAAACAGUUUGUGAAAAUA